UCAUAUGCACCAGCUGUUUUCAUUUACAGCGAAACGAAAAAAAAUCAGGAGACGAUGAGCAUUAAUGCGAUUGACGACUGUAUAGAUGAUUGGAAUAAUUUGCAGAAAGAAUACGCUGUGUUAGAAGAUGAUUUCAAUACAUAUCGAAAACAACUGGAUCAUCUCUAUGUACUGCAAGAAAAAAGUCAAAAAAUCAUCAAACAUCAGAAAAGACGAUAUCAGCUUAUUUUAGAAACUUUCAAAAAAAAUGAGAAUAAUUUAUCAUUGAGUGAGCAGGAUGCGGUCAAAGACAUUAAAGAAAAGAUUGCACAGAGACAAGAUAAUUUCAAACAAAUGGGAGAUAACCUGCCAAGACCCAGUGGAAAACUACUGACGUGUGUGCUUGGACCAAUCAGUGUUAGUUUACUUAAGAAGUCGGAAAGGUUCAAAUAUAAAGAUGAGUAUGAAAAGUUCAAGUUCAUCUGCAUAAUAAUUACAUUGCUAUUCUCUUUUGUAAACCUGUUUAUAUUAGAGACCAGAUUUUUAGAUGCCAUAUUUCAUUUUAUGCUGUUAUGGUACUACUGUACAGUCACAUUGAGGGAACACAUACUUAUGCAUAAUGGGUCCAGGAUCAAAGGCUGGUGGGUGUUCCAUCAUUAUAUAUCAUGUGUAUUAUCUGGAAUAUUACUUAUCUGGCCUGAUGGACAUGUGUAUCAUUUAUUUAGAAGACAGUUCAUGGCUUUUUCACUCUACCUUAGUUUUGUCCAAGUUUUGCAAUAUUAUUAUCAGAGAGGUUGUCUCUACAGACUUAGAGCACUUGGUGAGAAAGGCAAUAUGGACAUAACAAGUGAGGGUUUUCAAACCUGGAUGUGGAGAGGGUUGACUUUCCUGAUUCCAUUCUUAUUUCUAGGACAUUUAUACAAUGCUUACACGUUAUAUAGACUAUCGUACCAUGAAGAUUGCUUUGAAUGGCAGGUUCCUGCCUCAGGAUUUGUGUUUCUCCUUCUCUUUCUUGGAAACUUCAUCACAACACUACUUGUAAUUCAGCACAAAAUUUCUAAAACCAUUAACCAGCAAUCCAAUAAAAAACUUUGAUUGUGUAAUUGUUGGUUGAGGCAACAUGCAAG